AAAUGAAGGCGUUGCAAACGGCUGUGACGGCUCAUCAAUAUAAAGUAUGAAACCAAAUAUAAACAGAACCUUCCUUUAUAUUUCGUUCUUUUUCGACAUAACUGUCAAUAUAUCACCGACACAAGAAUGGAUGRGUUUACUUUCUUGUCAUCUUAAAUGAGACAAAACUGAAAAACACAGAUAGCAUUGAAAAGAUUCACUGCACAGCGGUGUGCAAAUGAUGCUUUUUUAUUUCAAURGUUAAAAGCCCAAAUAAUUCACCAAUUCAUUGGUAUUAUAAACAGGUGUGUGCAAAUACUGCGGAAGAAGUAAUAAGAUGACCGAUUUUUUUAUGACUACCUAAAUUUGAAAURUUUCCACCUUGAAGAUUGUCAAAUGAAUAACUAAGCAGUAAUGAUUCUAAUUUUGUUUUGUUUUUUAUCUGAAGAAGAUAUAUAUAGAUGGCGAAGAAUCCGGGCAAAACGACGAAGAUGAACCAACCUUUUCUCGUUUGCAAAAUGAUGGUCUUGUUAUCAUUCAUUAUGGGUACAACCUACAUUGUGCAAGCCUGUCCGUCUAAAUUUCCUAUUACCGUGACGACGGAUAAAGAGGACAUCACAAGUCCUAACUACCCAUCGUUUUACCCAAACAAUAAAGAAUGCAGGUGGCUCAUUAGCGCUCCUCUUAAUAAGUUAGUCCAAUUCAGAUUGAAAGUAUAUGACUUGGCUCAACCAGCAGACUACAUAGAAGUAAGAGAUGGUGUCAAUGAAAGUGCUGUGGUGUUAAAGAAUUUCACCACCAAGCCAAAGUUCAGUUUUAUACCGUUCAWUUGGAGGUCAUCUAGUGGGCGUUUCUUGUGGAUGAAGUUCAAGUCUGACAGAGUUUAUAGAUCUACAGGAUUUAUGAUGGACAUAAGAUUUGUGAACAAACCAAAAGCUUGUUCACCAUCUUCUCCUGAAAUCAUCAGAAAAGACGGUGAAACGAUCAUUGGACCUUACAGUUCGUCGUUUUAUCCCAACAACCAAGAGUGCACAUGGGUUUUCGUUGCACCUCGUACUGACCAAGUAGUUCAUUUCGAUUUUCGAAUUCUUAAAGAUGGUUUGGCUCAAGGGGACUAUAUUGAACUGAGAGAUGGAAUGAAUGCAAGCUCUUCUUUGAUGAUGAACUACACCAGUAAAAGUAUCCUAYUCAAACCUAGAUUAAUCCCAACUAGUGGACGGUACUUAUGGAUCAAGUUCAAAUCUGAUAAGGAGUUCAAUGGACAGGGCUUCAGUAUUACAUACUAUUUUGAGAAUAAACCCAAAGCAUGUUUAUCUCCUUCGUCCCCUCAACCUCUCCAGACAAGCUACGGCAAAAUCCAAAGUCCUUUUUACGAGUGGUACCCUGUCAACCAAGAGUGCACAUGGCUCAUAACUGUACCUCACCUUAAGCUUAUCAAGUUUUAUUUCCAUUCAUUUGAUUUGGCUCAACCAGGAGACUACCUGGAAAUACGUGAUGGAGCUACCUUUAAUGCUGUAGUGCUUCAAAACUUCUCAAGUAGACCAAAUCUCAGCAACAAAUGGAUAUCGAGUGGGAGAAACUUAUGGUUAAAGUUCAAGUCAGAUGGUGUAGAUACAGAUAAAGGAUUUUCGAUGUUUUACCAUCAUAUAGACAAACCCAAAGGAGAGAUGUGUCAGUGCAGUUGGAAUUAUGACAAGAAGGCUGUGAGGUUAUAAUAAUAAGAUUUUCACUGAGACAUUAAAAAUUUCGUAUGCAUCCAAAGAUUUCCARAGUCGAAGAGGGAAGAAGAGAUCGUAUGUACUACCUACCAAUCGGUUUGUCU